UAAGCAACGUCGUUUGUCGCGUGUCCUGCAUGGAGAGAUAAAUACAUUUAGUUUCCAACACAAUUGAACGUCGUCUUUUAGUAAAGGAAUGGCCCAGGAUCAGCUUCUCAAGGGUCUUAGGAAGGAUGUCCGCUCUCUGCUGAUAUCUGCCAAGCAUGGCUUGACCCCAGAACAGCUCAAAAGAGACUACCAGACCAUGCUGGGCUAUCCCAUGCCCCUCAGGUUACUGGGUUUCCAUAAUAUUCUGGAAAUGGUUAAGGAAAUGCCCGAUGUUGUGCGCUUGGAAUUCCGCCUGGAUGGCAGCAUCAUUUUGAAAGCCAUUGGAGAUGAAAGCACCAAAGGUAUUGAAGAGCUGGUGUCAAAACAACGUGACCACAAACCCAAACCCAAAUCCUAUGAAAGGAAGAGAAAACCAGGGAAUUUCCAAGUCCGUUACAUGCCCCACCAGCCAGUUAUUCUUCCUCGCCGUGGCCAGGUUAAACCCACCCUGCCUGCACAGCUACGCAGCCAACUAAAACAAUUACUAUCCCAUGGCCCUGUCAGACUAUCAGAGCUGGAGCCCAGGUAUAUAGCACAGUUUGGAAGGCCGUUCCAGAUAAUGCAGUAUGGCUUCUACUCCAUUUCCGAAAUGCUGGCGGCUGCUUCGGACUUCAUAGUCAUGAAGCAAAGUCGCACUGGAACUCAGUUGCUUCUGAGAAGUCCAGUCUCCACACAGGAUGAGAAAUAUAAUCUGAAGUUAAAUCCUUCCAAGCAGUUGGCAUCUCCUAUUGUGGCAAAGGAGAAGCCGGUGGCAUUCAGUCCUAAAGCAUUUACACCACCAGAACGUGAGAAAGACCAUCAAGAUUCACAGAUCUUCUCUGCCUUUCCAUCGCCAGAUCCCAAAAAAGGAGAUCCAUCAUUUGAAAAAACGGUUUUAAAGGUUGAGGAGGAGCUCAAACAGCAGAUUCUUGAGAAGGGCACCACUGGCAAUGUCAGUUGCGAGCUGAAAGAUAAGCUCCGGAAGGUUGUAGCUGAAAUUGGCAAUGGAAUCUCCAUUCACAAUCUCCCCAAAGAAUACAAGAGAAUGUAUGGCGAGGAGUUGCCGUUGACCCAAUGUGGCUUUCUGAGUGCGAAAGAGAUGGUUGGAGCUUUGAGCGACACGUUCUCCAUCCAACCUGGAACCGAAGAUGACGAAAACCACUGGAUCAUUGUUGAGUACAAACUGAAUGACACACCACCAACUGAACCUGAAUUAGCCACGGGUCACGGCACCACUUCCAGUCCGGCAGCCGAAUUGACGAAUCCCUCCAGGAAAGACUAUUACUUCAGCUGCACUGAGUCUGCCUGCGAGCACAAAGAGGCGGAGCAAACCACAGACUCCCAAGUGUCUGAUACUGAGAACAAAGUCACCAAUAAGACCAUUCAUCAGAUGCCGGAUCUUUUCCCGGAGUUGAAGGUGACCGGUGGCACGUUGAUUCCUCCUGACGCAGUGCGCUGCCAGAAGCUGAAGCCUCCCACUCGCAGGAAGGAGAGAGAGCUGGUGCCAGUGCUGGUGGAGCAGACAGAGUCUCCCAGUCAGUUCUACGUCCGCUUCAGCCAAAACAAGGAGGCCAGAGCCCUUGAGAACAUGAUGAUUGAAAUGAGGAGCUGUUACUCAUGUCCAGAUGUGAUGGAGAGAUACCGGCUGCCUGAUGCUUAUGUGCGGCCAGGUCAGGUGUGCUGUGUGGCCCCCAGAGACAUGUGGUUGUACAGAGUGGUGAUCCAUGAGGUACUCGGUGACACUGAGGUAAAGGUCUACUAUGUAGACUUUGGGAAUAUCACCAAAGUGGAUCAGAAUAGCCUCCGAUUUCUCAAAGCUUGUUACGCUGACCUCCCGGCCCAGGCUGUCCCGUCAAUGUUAGCUGGAGUUCGGCCCAUCACGAGCAUUUGGACUCAGAGUGCCAUCAGCUCGUUCCAGAGGAUGUGCUGUGAGCGCACUCUGGUGGCCGCCAUCCACAGCUACCAAGAGAACUUCUUGUUGCUCUUCCUGUGUGACACAAACACAGAAGAGGAUGUUUACAUUCAUCUCGUACUACAGGAAGAGGGUCACGCCCUUUCAUGCACUACUGCUUUUGGAUCGGUAUCAGGAGAGUUCAAUCCAUUGAGCUUUUACCUUGGAGGUGAUCAACUUGAGGACAUAAAAGAGUCUGUUUCACCUUCCACACCUUCUCCAGAUGCCAAACAUGUACAGAACUCUGAGGUCCAAUCUUGUGGAAGUCCCUCUCUGAGCUCCUCUCAAACGUUUUUCAGCUCUGAAAAUGGAGAAAAUAUCCACUCCUCCAAAGAUGUGGACCCAAUCCUGGAUCUUCCUGAGCUAGAGUUUAUUACUGUUCCUGAGGUCAAUGCUGCAGCUAAAAGUGAGAAAAUAAAUCCAUUUGAGGCUCUCCAGAGUAAAGACCCAUCAUUCUGCAAUGAAUGGGACCAGGGAUGGACAGCAGAUAAUAAAACAGAUAAGACGACUCUUAAAACUGACAUCCAGACAGAAGAAGGAUUGAAACAAGCAGCAGUAAGUGAACUUCAGAGGUGUGAGUUUCUAGGUGAACCAAAACCAGUCAUAUCCAGAUGCAGCAGCCCCCUCAUCAUCCACAAUCCCGGCCUGAUGCAGUUUAACUGCAGUCAUGCAGGUGUUCCUGUUUAUCCGGUUCAGCCCCAACACUCUAACUUCAUGUUGCGUUUAGUCCGCACAUCAGACAGACUGGGUUCACAUGCUCCAUUCCAGCACCACACAUCUCCGUUAGCUCUGAGACCAGCUGCUCGCCUGUCUGCUGGGGCCAACAUUUUCAACUGGUUCUCCAACCAAAUAGCCUGAUUAGUCAAAAGUACAGCGCUGAUGUUUUACAAUACG